ACAUCAGUUAGGACGAUCUAUGGUGGUUGAUCCAAGAAAUGUUUUUGAAGAAGCUGACAUAGUCAUGGUGCUGGUUGAUGUCUCUAAUAAAUGGACACGGUUUAAACUGGAUUCUGAUAUCAUAAUGACUCUCAAUUCUUAUCCUAAUGUCAAAUCACUUCUAGUUCUUAACAAGAUUGACACAGUACAAAAAAAGAAUUUAUUACUUAGUAUAACAGCUCAGCUCACUGAAGGAAUUGUGAAUGGUAAAAGUUUUGAGAUUGAUGCUGUUAUUGCCAAGCGUCUUGGCUCUGUGGAGUCCGGCAGCAGCAUGAAAGCAGAUUACGUAUCAGUUAUGCACAAAAUGAUCAACAGACUUGAAAAAGACCGCAAACGAAAACUUGAACUUGAGAAAAUAAGUCAAAGUGGCAUAGACAAAAGAAGGAUUGAGGCAAUUGUAGAGCAGUGGAAGAAGAGACAAGAGUUGCAGGAUUCUGAUGGGCAACCCAAUGAGGUGAUAAGUCAUGAUAAGUCUACUGAAAUUAAGGAUCUGUGGAUGCAGAAUUUUAGUACUAAAAAAACAAAUCAAAUGUCACCUUCUGUUGACAGCAAACUAAAUCGUGGUGAGGACAUGGUGGGAUAUGAGAGUCAAGGAUUGUUUACUGGCGAGGCCGUUUUGGAAGACAAAACACAAAAACAAGCUAGCGUGAUUGUGAAAUCAGGGGACAGGCUGUCUGAAUCACAUGAAAACGUCAGGGACACAGAGCAUUCAAAUAUGGGGGGAGAAAUGUUUGAUGAAAAUACAGACUGCAAAUUACACGAUUCUUUUGCUGAUGAAUCUGUGGACUGUAAAGAUGCAAAUGAUUUCCAAGGAGUUGAGGCCAUUCUUAGACACUCUGAUUUGAGUGACGAUGUUUUGCGUUCCAAGGGAUUAAGUGAUAAAGAUUUAAAGUGGAUUAAACAUCAACUAAAAUUGGAACAGAAACGAAGGACAAAGAAGCAGCUUUUACGAAAGACUGGAUGGCCAAAUUUUGAUGGUGUGUUUAUGAUAUCUGCCCUGUUCAAUGAUGGUAUCGAUGAUUUACAGGACUAUUUAUUUACACAAGCCAGACCUGGUGAGUGGGAAUAUCACCCGGAUCUCUUUACAGACCAAGGACCGGAAACGGUCAUCUAUGAAAUUGUCCGUUCCAAACUAUUGGAAUAUUUACCAGAAGAAGUUCCAUAUCAACUUGAACAG